CUAUCCAUUCAUCUUCCAUCUCAUCGUACUGUGCUGGAUCCCCAAGUUACACCAAAAGAGGAGCAUAGUAGCUCGAAAGACCACAACUGGCAUUGUUCCGUGCUUACACACGACUGAGAAGCUUGGCGAUUUCCAAAGCGACUGCCAAACUCUGUAGCGCCCGUCUCGAACUCCGUUAUCUGGACUUGGCUGGUGUCAAUCCCUUCUUGCCCUCGUUUUGACCGACCAACCAUGCCAGCACUCAAAUUCUGUGGUGAAUGUAACAACCUCCUGUACCCAAAAUCCGACAACAACUCCAAGAUCCUGCUGUACCAAUGUCGGAACUGCAAUUACUCUGAGAACGCUGUCCCGGAGCCAGGAAUGGCUCCAUGCGUGUACAAACAUGAUUUGUUGACAGUGGCGAGGGAACAAGCUGGAGAAACCAAAGAUUUGGAAACGGAUCCAACGUUGCAACGGAGCGAUAUACAAUGCCCCCGGUGUUUCAAUAAUGGCGCCGUAUUCUUCCAAGACCAAGCCCGGCGUAUAACGACCAACAUGACACUCUUCUUCUCCUGUGUCAAUUGCAAAUUUCUAUUCAGAGAUCCAAAAGUCAAGCAACGAUAGACAUCAUUGGCGGGAGAAGGAGCUCGGACCGGUCGGUCGAGCGGUUAAGUGUACUUGUUGUAUUAUAAUACGCAGCGACUUCAUAUUUACAUACUGCAUCCACAGAGGCAUAGGAGAGAUGGCCACAAUCUUCACUGCUCACUUCCGAUACGUCAGCGCGGCUGCAGAGGCAUAUGGUGGACUGAGCUUUUUGCGUGACGGUUUGCUUAAUGACCACUUCAAGUGGCCAGCACAAGAUCACGCUCAUCUUCAUGCAAUGCA